UAUUUACAAAUUCCAAUAUCAAGGAGAGGAAUAACAUUUGCACAUAUUCUGUCCAACAUUCCUUGCGAUCUCACACAUUUUACAUACAUAUGUCAAAAUAUUUCAUACGCUUAAAAUAUAAAAAUUAAUAAAUGUCCUAGCUCCCAAUCAACGAUGAAUACUAUCAAUAAAACAGGAAGAAGAAGAAUUGACAUUACAUAUUUCUAUUCGAAUAUAUCCCAAAAGUAAACAAAGCAAAGUCGCCAAAGGAUCAUAAUGGACAAUCCUGUCUGGUGUAUACUGGGAUCGGGUGGGCACACUGCUGAAAUGUGUAUAAUCCUACAAGGAAUUUUCCAGCGGACCAAAGAUAUUAGUAAAUACAAACCAAUGAAAUUUUUAGUAGCCAACACAGAUACAACGUCCAAAGAUAAAGUUCAGCUUGUCAUGAAUGAGCUGCAACAACCCGUGAGUGAGGAUGAUUUCAUCUAUAUACCAAGAGCACGUGAAGUCGGCCAAAGUUGGUUUACAACAGUUUUUACGUUUCUAUAUGCGUUGGUGUGGAGUUUUUGGUUAGUAUUUAAGGAAAAACCAAGAUUAAUUUUGUGUAAUGGUCCAGGUACUUGUGUACCGUUCUGCUUGGCUGGAUUUUUACAAAAGCUCGCCCGAAGGUCAAAAACAAAACUUGUCUAUGUGGAGAGUUUUUGUCGUGUCAAUGAUAUAUCAAUGUCGGGGAAAAUAUUGUUGCCUUAUCUGGAUGUGAUGAUAGUUCAAUGGGAGCCAUUAACAAAAAUAGAAUAUUUGGGAUGCAAGAAAAUCAAAUAUUUUGGUAAUAUUUUGUAAGCAUAUGAUAACGAUUUAUUGUUUGUUAAUUAGAUUCGAAGAAAAAACAGAAUAAAACAAAAACACAACACAAA